AUGGGGAGGAGGAGGCAGCCCCCUCUCGGCUUUUUCUUUUCUCGGCGAGGCGCGGCGAAGUCAGGCCUCGACCCGGCCGCCUUGAACCCGGGCGGGCGAGCUGCCGGAGCCAGCGCGGGAAGGGGAGACCCCGGGUUCCCAAGCCUUGGGGCGGGAGGCGCGCCGGCGCCUUGUGCCAGGCGUGGCCCGGCGCUCCCGCGGCUCGAGGACUCGAGGGUGCGAUCUGGCCUCGGUCGGCCCUGCGGUCGCCAGGCCCGGGGGGCAGGUGGUCGAGUGGUUUGGUGGCGGCAGGCUUGCGGAUUCGCGCCAGCAGACGCAGAGAGGCAGAUCUUUGUGAAGACCCUGACGGGCAAGACCAUCACCCUCGAGGUCGAACCCAGUGACACUAUUGAGAAUGUCAAAGCCAAAAUCCAAGACAAGGAGGGCAUCCCGCCUGACCAGCAGCGUCUGAUUUUUGCGGGCAAACAGCUGGAAGAUGGCCGUACUCUGUCAGACUAUAAUAUCCAGAAAGAGUCCACCCUGCACUUGGUGCUUCGCCUCCGGGGUGGCAUCAUUGAGCCUUCCCUCCGCCAGCUGGCCCAGAAAUACAACUGUGACAAGAUGAUCUGCCGCAAGUGUUACGCUCGCCUGCACCCCCGUGCUGUCAACUGCCGCAAGAAGAAGUGCGGCCACACCAACAACCUGCGCCCCAAAAAGAAGGUCAAAUAGGGCCCCUCCACCGGCUCUU